GCCUCACCGAAAUAAUUGGAGGUAAUAAAACCGUCUAACACUAGAGGGAGACAUUUCUCUUGUGACGUUUCAAUCAGCCCAUGAGGUGACAUUAGUUGGCAAAGUUCAGUGAAUGAAAGAAAAUAAGAUGCAUAUUUCCCAACGCUUUUGCACCAUUAAAGGGGAAGCCAAUUCCCCAAAAAACUUUAUGUUGUCAAAUCUUUAAGUUCUAUGUGCCUCCACUGGUCUAACGUCAUCGAGUCUUUCCCUCAUCCCCUUGUGUUAAUAGGGCUGGUGGCAGUCACGUGAUACCGAUCACUCGUUGGUUCCACUUUGUGUCCCAUCAGAAACUACUUUGAAGACUGAAUGACGUUGAGCGUAGAGUGGCUGUAACGAGUAAAAAAAAAGAAGAAAUAAAUCAUAAUAAUCAUGGAUUCCGUGGAGCGGAGGAUAUCAGUAUGGGUGUGCGCAGAGGAGAAGUUCGUCGUGGGCUUGUCUAAACGCACAACCUGCGCCGAUGUAGUCAAAGCGCUCCUUGAGGAUCUAAAACAACCUGAACCAAUGCUGCUGCAUCGCUACUGCAUCGUGGAGAAAUGGAGGGGCCUCCAGAGGAUUCUACCAGACCGGACCAGGAUUUGGCGUCUUUGGGUGGCGUGGGGAGAGGAGCGGGAUCGGGUGAGGUUCGUGCUUGUGGGCUUUGGCGAGGCGGCCCGGAGCGCAGAGGCGCGCGUGGUACUGCUUGGCAAACCCAACCUUGUGUCCAAAUGGACACCGGACUCUUCCUUGGCGGAGGUCUCGCCGCACAAGCAGCGUCGGAUAGUCAGAAAAGCUUUCAGAAAGUUGGAGAAGAUGCAGCAGAGAAAGCAGCCUUCUUCUUCUGGCGCAGAUAAGAUGCAGGCUUUCGCGCAUCUUGUGGUCUCCCAGGAUCGCACCAUCCGCCUGCAGGCUCACAGGAUUCAACAGCUGGAUGCUGAAAUUGGAAGGCGGGAGUCCAAAGUGCAUUUGGAUCGGACCCUAACUCACGGCGUCAAUUAUGUGCAGAACACUCAUUUAUUUGAGGAUGCAGCAGCUGAAGGCUCCAGCCAAGAGCCGUGCUCUUUGGAAGGCUUGCUUCACCUGUGUGACGUCAUGUGUCAGGGGGAGCUGUGGGAGCAGGAGUUGCUCACCAACAUGUUUACCAUGCAGAUGAAGGAGGCCCUCAACCACCACUGGACGCAAGGAGGUGGGGAAGACUCAGCAUUCUUCAUUACAGGAGGAGACGAGAUGUUUUUGAAGGAACGGCUGAGGAGAUUGCUGGAUGCAACUUUGGACGUGGGCCGCCGCCUCCACUCGGAUUUGGAGGCUAUUAGGGGCGAUUUGGAGCUGAGCCGGCAGAUUUGCAGCAGUCGCGAGGAGGAGAUGAGGGAUUUGCUGGAGAAAAUCAACUCUUUGGGUUCGGAGGACGGGGCUGACACUGAGGGGGGGACAGAUGAAGCUGAGAGGAUGAGGAGGAUGAUGAGCAGUUUGGAGAGGAAGCGUGAGUGGGUAGAGCAAGCUCGAGGUUUGUCCAAAUGUCACAGAGGGAAUGAUGACGACUCAGACACAGGUUUAAGCUCCCUCCACAGUCAGGAGUCUGACAGCCUCACUGUGUGCCAGUCUCUGGUUUAGAGUUGGACCUGCCUGAAUCAUGCCUCGAACUUUACAGUAGAUAUGGCCCUACCUGACCAUUGUCUGUGUCAAAUUUGAGCCAUGUUGCUACCUGGCUCAUCUCUCUCACUCUACAACUGAGCCAACCUGAACUUUAAGAUUCCAGAGCUACACCAGUCAGGACCACAUUUUUUUUUACUAAAAACUGGACCUUCUGAACCAUGUCUCUUACUCUCUCGACCUAGACCAGUUAAGCCUUUGUGUGUGUUUGUGUGUGUGCGCGUGUGUGUGUGUCUUGGCUUUUUCCCACGUGACUGAAUGGAAUCGCACAAAUGUCAUGUUCUGAUUACAUGAAGAUGUCUGAGGCCACUUCAAGUGCAUUCUAGAAAGUGGAGUACUCCUCUCGUCGAAGCUCAGUCCGCCAUGUGGACAAAGGUUGUGAGAACCUGCAAAUGAGACUCUUUUGUUGUUUCCUUCUAAAUAGUUAAAUAGUCCUCCACUUCCUGCUUUAAAUUCCAGUGGAUCAAAUUCCAUCUUCAUCAACGUAGUUGUAAUUGCUUUUUGACGUUCACAUUCCUCACCCAUCAGGAAAUCUAUGUCUUAAUGGUGCCACCAUCCCUAAUUCCCUAAUCCCAGGAAUGUCACUCUGUGUUCCUGAGGGUUUUUGCUGGGACCCUGAGAGUGACGAUCCGUGAGGUCAUUAAUGAAGGCCUCGAAUCUGGAGCCAGCAGUGCUGAGGAGUGAACCAAUCAAAUGGCAUUAAACUCGCCGCUAACACCCUGGGCUCGCCAGUGCCUGCUCAUUAUGCUGCUGGUAGGUGUGUUAAUCCUGUAAAGCUUCAUGCUGACCUUUGCUCGCGGACCAUGCGGUACUGGACCGCCUCUCAAGGCUCAGUACAUCCAGUAUGCUCAUUAUACUUAACACACGCAUGUUUUUGUUGAUUGUUUUGUCCAAGGGGGGCGCGCCUCACUAUUUGAGAAGCACUGGCCUAGGUGACUGAUUCACAAUUUGGUUUUGUCUGAUAUCAGAGAUUAAAUAAAGAAAACCAACUGGCUGA